AUGGAAGAACUUGGAAUGCAAGAAAGACUUGACGAGGCAAUUUACCUCAUUGAACUUAACGACUGCGUAAAAGACUACUUGCGCAAGGUCAUGAAGCCCAAGGUCAAGUUUACCACUAUUUCUGGAAGGUCUACACUUCAGCUCGAGACUUCGACUGGAAUUCCAAUUCAAAUACCAGACGGGACAGCCUACGACGACAUAAAGGACGCCAAAAGAGAAGCUCUUGUUAAGUUCCUAAACAAACGUCCUUGGAUACUACUUCCAAACAGAGAGAACCCUUUCCCAAGAAUGAACCAAAUUCUCAAGGGUCUCCUUCACUUCUCUGGUCAACCAUUCUACAUAACCUGUGAAGGCGACAUCCACCCAGUUCAGUAA